AACCCGUGACUGUCGUCGGCUUGGCCGCUGCUCUGCUCGCGGCGAUGUGGCCGUCCGUCUCGGUGUUUGUCCUGCUGGUGAGCUGGCGGCUGAGUCCGGGCGGCGCCGGCACGCACGACAUUCCCCUGGAGUCGGCGAUCGGAGCCGGCCCGGAGCGGCUCCAGGCUGUGGAGCAGAGGCUGUCGCAGCUCUCCGCGCACCUGGCGCAGCUGGACGGCCGACUGGAGGCGCGGCUGGCACAGCGGGCGGACGGCGAGUGGCGGCCCGAGGACUGCUCGGCCGUCCAGCAGAGGCACAGGCUCAGUGGCACCUACACCGUCUACCCGCCCACCUGCGGCAACGGCGGCGGCAUCCGCGUCUACUGCGACAUGGAGACCGACGGCGGCGGCUGGACGGUCAUCUCCCGACGCGACGACGUGCCGCACCACCAGGACUUCAACCUCAACUGGCAGAGCUACAAGUGGGGCUUCGGCAACCUCAGCGCCGAGUUCUGGCUGGGCAACGAGUACCUGAACCUGCUGACCAGCCUGGACCAGGUUCAACUGAGAGUGGAUCUGGAGGACUGGGAGAACGGCACGGCCUACGCCACCUACACCCCGUUUUCGGUCGGUACAGAAGAGCAGCAGUUCGCCCUCUCAAUCGGCAAGUAUGACGGAACCGCUGGAAAUUCGCUGGCAUAUGUAAAUGGCAUGAAAUUCACUACAAAAGAUCGAGACAAUGAUAAGACAAGUCCCAACUGUGCGGUUCAGUUUCAAAACGGAUGGUGGUUUAAGGACUGCUUUAAUGCCAAUCUUCUUGGCAAGUACAGUAAGACGGCAACGAUUCCCGCCUGGAAAGGACUGGUAUGGAAGGACUGGAAAGGUGAAAAAUACUCCUUAAAACACGCAUCAAUGAAGAUCAGGCCGCUUCACCAUACACAGUGGUGUCACAGAUUGCUGUGAGCUGUGAGUGACCAUUUCAACUGAUGAUGAUGAUGAUGAUGAUGAUGAUGAUGAUGAUGAUGAUAGCGAGGUGGACUAGACAAUAGCGGGCAAUAAAGCGGGCACCAGAAAUGGUAUUCGAUGAACUGAAUAGUGCUACUGAGGUACUUGCAGAGUGACGCUCUCGGUAUUUCUACUAGUUGAUUCACUUUGGACAUGUUGCUGGGCUGAGCUUGAUGAAAGGGCGUCUUUAUCUUAGCACCAAUAUGCAUUCAUGCACUUGGAUAGUCAAACAGGUGUUGACUGAGGACUCAUCGUUUUAGAGCGCAGGCUUGCCACAAUUAAUCGCGUCUCUCCUUAUUGAAGUAUCGUCCUCUUGCGUUUCUAUCAAAUAAAUGUUUGGCUUCACCAGGCUACAUUUUCUUACACAGAUGUGUACUGUGUAGACUGCAUAGGUUCUAUAUAGGCACUCAUUAUUGCUUGUGUGCUUUAGAAACUCGACUGCGGUCCCAAUGACCAUGACCACUUGACAAAUGAUAUUAAAUCGAUUUUGAGAAUCGGCGUCGAAGCGAGUUGAUGUGGACUGACGUAACCUGCAAGCAGCUUACUAUCACGCUCGAAAAUAACGUGCACUAUUUUUGCCUAUAAUAAAUGAUUUAUCACGAAGUGAUGAUAAUAUAAUGCUGAUAAUUA